AAAGAUGGAGGAAGAAGAUAAUAAAAAUGAGAAAAGAAAAAUCUACCGAAAGUUUAUAAGACCAGAUUAUAAACCAAGUAUGGUUUCUUCUCAAACUGCUGCAAUUUGGAGACAACGAGCUUUACAAAGAAAUACACAAUCUACUCCAUCUGAUGAUAACAGAAUAGUUCACCAACUACACGAAUCCAGUGAUGACCAACAUGAAUCUGAUGUUGAAACAGUUUCUUCAUUAAGCUCUAAUGAAAUGUCUAUUGGUGAAAAUUCACUUAUUAAUGAUGUGCCUAGAGACGACGAAAUGCGGAUGGACACUAACCAAGAUUUCGACGAAGAAUUGACACGGUGGUCUUCAAGCACUUUUAGGCCCAUUUCGACCACCGUGUUGAAUGAGCAUUCCGCCUCAGAAUCAAACACACAAAGUGAAGAUUUAGAUAGUGAAGAAUCAGAUCCCGAAUUUUUUGACAAUGUUGAGGGUAAUGAAGAUCCAAUUAAUAUAUAUCCGUGGGAAAAUAGAAUUAUGUUCUCACAAUCUAACUUAACAGUCAGAGAUGUAGUAGCAAUGACAAGAGGGUUUAGUUUACGAUUUGGACUGUCAUAUCAAGCACGGUUAGAGUUAACUAAUUUAUUAAAGUUAUGUGCAGGUCCUGAUUUUGACAGUCUAAAUCUGUCAAAUCAUAAAAUGUCUCGCAUGUUUGAACCUCCGGAAAAAUCAAUAACAUUUUCCUUCUAUUGUCCAGCUUGUAAAAAAGUACUGAUCUCAAAACAGAAUAAAAAAUCACAAGCAAUCCCUGAAGGAUUACGCGAUAAAUGUGGAUCGCAAUAUAAUUUAUCGACUAAAAAAGGAAAAUACAUGUUGAUGGUAGAUUUAAAAUACCAAAUUGAACAAUUGUUAAAACUUAAUGAUGUAAAAACUUUUUUAAUCGACAGACAUAGAAGGCAAAACCCUGUUAACGAUAUUGAUGGAAGUAUAACAGACGUUCAAGACGGAACUUUGUAUAAAUUAAACAAUCCUACAAAUUCGCGAAACGUUUUGACGCUAAAUGCAUUUUUUGAUGGGGCAACCAUGAAAAGAAGUGGUAAUGAAAGUUUUUGGGCUAUUUUGGUAUCUAUGAACGAAUUACCAAUCAAUUUGAGAUUUAAAUACAUUAUGGUAGGAGGACUUAUGAUGAUUGAUAAGGAACCAAGCCCUGAUUUAAUAAAUGCCUUUUCAGAAGAAUUUUUAAAUUUAAUUGAAAUUUUGAAUACGCAAGGUGUUGAUUUAAUAGUAGGUAAUCGUCGCAUUAAUUUCUUCAUAAAUCUUUUGUUUAUUGUUGCUGACUCAGUUGCUAGGCCCUUAUUGCAGAAUCGAUGUCAAUAUAAUUCGUAUUGCGCAUGUAGUUACUGUUAUCAACUUGGACUGUAUAUUAAUCUCGUUAAAUAUAUCUUUGAUCCCGAUUUUAUCCUCAGAUCGCAUGAAUCUCAUGAACAGGAUGUUGAUGCUGUUAAAGAUCGCCAACAAAAUGUCAGACAUAGACAAAACAGUAGGAACAUAAGGAAUGAUCGUCGUACUUUCGUCAAUGGAGUUAAAGGUCCUUCGAGUUUCAUAAAUUGCAAUCAACGCGUUGAUAUGGUUUGGAGCUUUUCAUUCGAAUAUUUACAUGCUGUUCUUAUUGGAUCCGUUAAGCAACUAUGGGAAAUAUGGGUUGCAAAUGGUUUCUUAUCUCAAAAAGAUGUUGCAGACAUUAACGGAUUAAUUAGUACCAUUACAAUGGUUUUCGAAACACAUCGAGUUGCGCGAGGAUUUUCGUUCAAGUCAAAGUGGAAAGCAUCUGUGUGGAAAUCGUGGCUAUUGUUCUAUGGAGUGCCCUGCUUGAGAAAAUAUUUACCUCCCCACUGCCUCGAGCACUUCUCACUAUUAGUCAAUACCAUUUUUACUUUAUUGAAAACGAAAAUCACAGUGGAAGAGUUACUUCAAUGUGAAUUGGAUAUGAUACAAUUUGUCGGAGAUUUCGAGAUUUUAUAUGGUCAAAUAAGUAUGACUUUUAAGGGGUUACGCCACCCUGAACGCAUGAAAAUCGGAUGGUUUUUUAGGAAUUUUUUUGAUAAAACUGUUUCAGGUAGGACUUCUUUACAUUUAUUGAUGCUUUAGUACAUAUAUUGA